GAGUUCUUUAACUUGGAGGCAUUGUUUGAACAUGUAUUCACCAAGUCUUUCGGUUAUAGCCCAAAAAUGGAGCCACCUAGCCGCGCCAACCACAAAGACCCAACCUCUACUAUCAUAAAUCUAGCCCCCGCUCCUCUGUCUCACCCUGUUUUCGGCCAAACCUCACUCCCGCAAGCCCUUGCGGUCCCUGUAGACCUCCGCGCCAACCACCGUGCUCUCCGCAAACCACCCCCAAUCGCCCUCACCGAAGCCACCUAA